GUAUUUAAUCACAUUGGCAGCACUGCAUUCGUUAUCUAUAGGAGGCGGCGGGCGUGUUCUGUCCCGUUUGUGUAUCCAGCAGGAUAUUGCGGUUAUCACGCACUCCAGUGUCAUAAUUCGCCCUUUCCGCGGCUUCCCGAGUGAUUAGCAGAUCGAAGCAUGUCUGCAGAGGAGCCAGAACACGUUGGCCCUGAAGGCGCCGAAGUGGAGGAUGUGGAGAGCAGGUAUGUGCCCCCUCCUGAGAAAACGUUGGAAGAAAUCCUGGCCGCUGACCAGGAGGAUGAGAGUCUCCGAAAGUACAAAGAGGCUUUGCUCGGCGCCUCCACGGCCGGUGCUGUUGUAGUUGAGCCAAACGACCCAAGAAGAGUCCUUGUAAAGCAACUAGCUCUUGUGGUUGCUGACAGAGACGACGUCGUGCUGAACCUCACCGGUGACAUUUCCCAGCUCAAGAAAAAGACCUUCGUGAUUAAGGAGGGAGUUUCGUACAGGAUCCGUAUCGACUUUAUUGUUCAGAGGGAAAUCGUGCACGGACUGAAGUACGUGCAGAAAACAAGUCGUCUUGGAGUCCCAGUUGACCGAAUGACGCACAUGGUGGGCAGUUACCCGCCCAAAGAGGAGAUGCAGUCUUACACGACGCCUGCCGAAGACGCACCUUCAGGUAUGAUGGCGCGCGGAAGCUACUCGGUGCACUCGCUCUUCACUGAUGACGAUAAAAACGAGCAUCUCAAGUGGGAGUGGAGCUUUGAAAUCAAGAAAGAUUGGAAGGACUAAAGUCCUUCUCAGCACCCCACUCUCCUUCUCCAGAGGCCAACCAGCUCUUCCUACUAUUUCUUCUUCUUAACCUAUGUUCACUAACAAUAGCUGGAUGUGGACCUUUGGCAGGUUCCGCCAUCAGAGGCAGGGUGCCUUUUAUUGACAUGUCUCAUUGGAAACAUUAAGUAUUUAUGCAUAAUUUUAAUUAUUUUUUUCCAAACAGGAUAACCCUGCCGAUUGUUUUUAAUUUCUAACGCUUAAGAGACAAAAUGCCAUGCAUCAUGUUUUUUUUCUACUGAUCAUAAAUUGGUUUAACUAAUUUUUCGACGUGAAGGUUGUAUUUUUUCUCACUGCCCACUCAACUUGCUCUUGUUGUAAAUUAGUUUUGCGCUGAGAGGUAGAUCUCAUUCGAACCGAGUGGCAUUUUCCCCUUGAACCAGUCAAGUAAGUGUAAUUCCUUGGAAAAGUGGAUCAAAUUAAAUAAAGUGAUAGAGAGCAAGGCGUGGGGCUCACAGUGGAGAGAGAAUUGAAAAAUAAUCCUUGUCUGUGUGCAGAACCAGUGCCUUUUACACACAGGUCAAAGUUCCAAGUCUCCUUUUUGUCCUGUUGCUGCAACCAAGACCCCCAAUUACAGUAUCAGCUGAGUAUUUUUGUAACUUUUUCUGUUAGCUCAAUGAAGCAAUCGCCUUUUUGUCCUCAAUUGGUGAGAACUUUUUAACACGGGAGACUGCACCGUCAGCCUUCUUUCAUUGGUAUAAACAAGCCUUGUUGGGUGCAACCACACAAAACACAGAUUUGCCUUCUCAGCAAUAAAUUCUAAAGCCAAGGACACGAUAUGGUCAUAUUUUCUUUAUCUUGAUGAUUUUGCUCAAAAGGGCCAGGCAAUUUGCAGAUUCGACUGUCGUAAUGUACACUCAAAUGAAUAAAGACAAAAAAACAGCAUGCUUUUGAUUGUAUUUUUGCCGAUGGGGAAAAAGGUGAUUCAAUCUAAGUGUUUUCUACCAUAACUAUUGAUUUAUAUUCUAGUUUUUUAACACGUGCAUAUUACAAAAAUAGAUAUAAUGACAUGUUUGUACCAGACUUGAUUGUGAUUGAUUGAAAUGUUGUGUCAAAAGAAGUCGUCGGUGCUCCGCUUUCUGUCGCCGCGUGCGCACCCUCUUCGUCCCUCAGGAGAGCAUACUUUGUCACGAUUUGAAAACGCCAUAAAUAUUACUCAAAAUUCACUUCAAAAUAAAAAGGAAUGCUUUAAAAUCCAA